AUAGUCGUUUUAUUUAUUUUACAGUUGAUCAAAUACUGACACACCAGUAUGCUGAAUAUUUUCUCUUCCUGAGAUUGUCCUUUCGCAAAGCACUAGAGUGUUUGAAUAAAAGCUCAGCUUUUCACUUUUCUGGAUGUUACUGGUCCCUAAAGCUGGGCUCUGAAAAGAAGAAGAUGUGGACGAGUGAAGAUAUUUGGUGGAUGUCACAAAUGGAUAGUUUGUUGACCUUGAUUUUUGGGGUGGAUUACCCAAGAUAUGCAUAUCAAAAGGCAAAGUCUCCCAGUGGAAGCGUGAGAAAUGGAGCAUGCAUUGUUCAAGAGGAAGAUGUACCUUCCUAUAAGUAUGUGCAUAAUGAAUGGGAAAAGUCAUACCAACAAAGAUUGCAAGAGUAUAAGUCCCAAUAUGCAUCACCCCAGAAUCCUGGUCAGAGUCCCAGUCAACAUGCAGCUCCACCUUCUCCAGUGUCACGCCAGAGUUCCAGCCAACACGCAGCUCCACCUCCUCCAGUGUCCACAACCACACUAAGCUMAACUAACCCACUCGAGUUAUUGUGUAGAAUUCCUGGUCUAACUCGUGGACAACUUGCUUCCCUGAACAUUCCACCAGUGGCAUAUAUCAAAGAUUCUGAUAUCACACUUGUACAAAAUAUCCAGUGUAACAAUCUUAAAGACCCUUUUUCCUUAAUCUGCCGUCCUUCUGAAGCUGUAGUGGACAGGGCUCUAAAGUUGCUACGUGACCAUGUACACAGUGGUGGUAUUAUAGGAGCUGAUGACAAUCAUUCAUUUGUUAGCUUGGGAACAUUUGGUACUUUUACUGGUGAGGCACUGGAAGUAAUUAAAUYAUUUUGUUUCGCAGCUGAGAUCAARCAAAAAGUCAGAGAAGAGCUUACAUGGCUGGGUAGGGAAGACUCGGUUGUUAGAGAGACAUUGCUGUCACUUCGUCCGCAGGAGGAGUUUCUUAAUGUUAAUGGCUUUCUAAUGGAUGCAAAAGAUCUUAGUAACCUGGCUUGCGAGCGCUAUGUAGAUGGCUACACCAUUGACAUGUCAUGUAUGCUCUUUCUAAAGAAAAGCAUACAUGCAUCAAGUAUAGCAUAUCUUCCAAGCCACACAUUUACCUGGGCAACAGCAGAUCAUGAGUUUCUUCUUAAGAAGCUGACUCCAAUUAUCAGCUUCCAGAGCACAAGUAAACUAGAGAAAGUGAUUUGCCCUGUGCAUGUUGGAGGGUGCCACUGGRGGAUUUUAUGCCUUGACUUUUCACAGGAAAUCGCAUACUAUGAUGAUGGCAUGCACAUGGAACCACCAACCAACAUAUCAGCUGCUGUGACAAAGAUAAUGAAGGUUCUAACAUGUCUUAGGCCUUCUAUGUCAUCCAUUUUAUGGUCUGGUGGAAAAGUGYCAUUCCAAAGAUUUGGAAUGCCAAAGCAGCCAAGCUCAGGGGAAGGCAGCUCAAGUUGUGGCAUUGGAGUCAUCUUUGCAGCCAGAGAUAUCAUUGAAUACAGGCGGCCAGGUAUUCCUAGUUUUAGUUGGUCUUUUAGUGAUAGCUCAAAACUCAGGAAGAGAAUCAUAAAUGAACUGAUUUCUGCAAGAAUUCAUGCCAGUGGUCAAUAGAAUUUAUUUUUUUUAGUAAGGCAACCACAAUAUUUUACAUUGCACUCCAUAUAUCUGUGAAAUAAUUAAUGACCAACUAUUUUGUUAAAUAAGUAGAGUUUGCUAGAGCAUGAUCCAAACAAAGGCAAGUAGUGGUAUUUGCUUUUGUAUCUAGUGUUCUGCUCAAUGAAUAUCCACAAUUUUGUAAAAGCUAA